AUGGCGUACAAGCUUUCUGUCUUGCUUCUUGCAUUCUUGCUGGCUAUCACUAACUAUGCAAAUGCAAAAUUUGCCAACUUCGACGCUAUCCUGGGUGGCGAUGACUCGGAAGGACACUUGGACUAUUACGAAGUCGUCGACAAGGCCCGUGCCAUGGAUGGCCAGGGUCAUUUCGCUCGUGCCGAACCAGCUACUGUCACCGUCACUAAAACUGUUUGUGGAUCUGGGGCCUCUGAGGCACCCGGAGGCUCGCCCAUCAUCUCGAUACCGGAAACAACUCUUGUGACGGGCACCGCAGCACCAUCGCCUGCUCCCACAUUUGACCAGCCUCCAGCCUCGUUGGAAACUGGUAGUGCUCCUCCGUCUGUUGAGUCUACUUCGACUGAACCUCCCACCAGCCCCCCAGAAGGACAUACAACCACUCUCCAGACUAGCCUGUCUAGCUCUGCCGGCGAAAGUGUAGCUCCCACCGCGACGUCCGAGACUCCGAGCUCUACUACUGCACCAAUUGUCAACGCUGGAUACACCCAGGGAGGAAUGGGCACUCUCGUUCUUGCGUUGACCCUGACCUUCGUUUGGCUCUUGGGGUUCUAG